AAGGAAAGAAGGGUCGCUAACAAAGAUCAAGAUGGUUUGGUUUUCUUCAUUACACUCAAGGUAUACAAGUAUUUCCGGCACGGACUCCUCCACCUCUUUCAACCUCACAUUCAAGCUUGCAGCCCAGAUAAUAUUGUUACAGAUAUUUUACUAUUUCACUGCACUGAUAGUCUUCUUCAUAACAGCCAAGUUGUUAGGAUGGGAUUUCCAUAUUGACUGGAUCUAUACGUGGUCGAAUAUUUCAGUUGAAAACAGCUUUGGAUUAACCUUGAUGUUCCUAUGGCUGUUGAAUACCCUAUUUUCGGUAAUCUUGAUAACUUUCUUCAUAGGGCGUUCGAAGUUGGUAUGGGAUUUUGCUCUCACUAUUCAUUUCAUCAACUUUCUGGUUGUGUCGUUUGCAUCCGGAUUUCCAAAAAGCGUCUACUGGUGGUUGUUGCAGCUGGUUAGCGUGAGCGUGAUGAUGAUUCUAGGUACCUAUAUGGCGAGAUGGAUCGAAUUACGGGACACCUUUUUUGAUCAGGCCGAAGAUAUUGAACUAGGAGGUAAAUAGGUUUUGGUAUAUUCGAAUAAAUUAUAUAAAAUGUUAUACAGGUCAAGAAUCACGAAGAAAAGUUCA